AUGGAAGGUGUUACCCACAAUCCGGCCUACGGCUCUCCCGCCUCUAGCAGUGGUGGACUCGGUGGUAUCCACUCAUCACACUAUUUAUCUCCAUAUCCUCCCCCUCGGGGGCAUCCUUCUUACGUCCCUUUCAAUGGAAACCAAGAGGAGGAGCUGCGUCUCCGAUUCGCUGAGUCUCCCCCAGACUCAUCUCGUUCUCGUCAUGCGGGACGGCAGCGUGGGCAGCAUCCCAUGCUGCAGCCCUUGCUACACGUGGGCUUUCCAGCAUAUGGCUUGCCUGCUUUUCGGCCUUUGGGGCCACCUCUCCAUGCCUACCCUGUUCAAGGACAGCAACAAGGGCAGCAAACGUACACGCAGACCUUCCCGCCACCUCAGCCCUUCGAGUCUCCCGCAAUGUAUGGUUCUCUCCAGCAAGGAUUUCCCGGAGGGCAACACCAGCAACAGCAGCAACAAUGGCACCCGAACCACCAAUACUACCAGGGGAAUGUUUUCCACCCUCUUCAGCCCCAACGCCAGCACGAAUGGCAACAUGGAUAUACACAGAGCGGCUCCCAGAACCAUAUCAAUUCGCCCCAGACAAAUUACCCCCUUUCGCAAAAUCAGUUAAACGGAGAGUUCCCUGUUCUGGCACAAAAUCACUACGCAGGGGUUAUGGACGUCGAUACAGAGCCUGAUUUGGGCCUUGAUCUGGAUUUUAGUCCUGAAUCUAUUCUAGGCCUUGACCUGGCGCAUUCUUCGCCAGAAGACGAUGCAGUCUUGCCGGUCCCGGAAGAAAAUGAAGAACAGGCGCAACAAGCGACCACACAACAUGAUCCCCAGAAUGUGUCCUCCGAGCGUCAGGCAACCACCCCUCUCACUCCACAGAAUGAAGGACAAGAGCAGCAAUUGCUCACACAACCAGGUUCUCAAAAUUAUCCCUACGCAGAUGGGUCUAUGGAAAUCGAUUGUGAAAAAGAGCUAACAGUAGACGAGAUGGCGGCGGAAUUCCACAAGUUCCUUUCGGGAGAACAAGCUCCAGAAGACCAGGCAAUCGCCCGUCUUCCACAAGACGAAACAGAAGAACAGCAAGUCUUCACACUAGGCGCCCCCCUUCCGGAACAAGGUCAAGAAGAAGGGCAGCGAGGACCCACACAAUUUGACAUCCAAAUGAGAAUCUAUGAGGAGAUUAUGUACCCCGAUCAGGUGGAAGACCAGCCCCCUGCAGCUCAAGCCCCGGUAGCUCCCGCGCUCCCAGUUCCUGCACUUCCGGUCCCUGCUGUUGAGCCUACAACUUCUGAAGCAGGCGAGUAUGACUCCCUCGUCGACGAAGAUAAACUUGCAGGUCUGCAAGACAAUGCCGAAGACGAGGAGGGCGAGGACAUGGACGAAGACGAGAACAAGUAUGACUCUCUCGUUGACGAAGAUAAACUUGCCGCUCUGCAAGGCAAUGCCGAGGACGAGGAGGACGAGGACAAGGGAGCUGAAGUAGACGAUGAGCACAAGUAUGACUACCUCUUCGACCUAGACGAACUUGACGCUCUGCAAGACAAUGGCGAGGACGAGGAGGGCGAGGACAUAGACGAGGACGAAGACGAGAACGAGAACGAGGAUGAGGCGCAAGAACAGACUGCAGAAGACCCGUCGGCUGCCUCUCUUCCGGAACAAAAUCAACAAGAACGCCCGUCCGUAAAAGGCCUUGCCUCCCGCAUUCUUUCCCCGGAACAGAGCAAAGAGUUCCGUCAAUUGCGCCGUGGAACCCCACCGGGGGUAGGCUGCGUAGAUACUCGUCCGAUGGUUUUCUAG